AUGACCAUUCGCGUCGUAUCAUAUAAUAUUCUAGUGCCCAUUUAUGCUAAUCAACCGGAACAGUAUUUUAAAUGUCAAUGUGAAUUUCUUCAAACUCAGUAUCGAUGGAAAUUAAUUCAAUCUCAUCUAAAACAAGAAAUUAUCCAUCAUGAAAACACAAUAAUUUGUUUACAAGAAUUGUCUUUGACUCUUCUACCUGAAGUCGAACUAUUUUUUCGUCAAUUAAAUUAUACGUUCUUUCAUAAUCUAUACGGUAAACGAGGAAAUGAUUACAUGGGUGUAGGUAUGGCAAUACCCAGUUCUAUGCAGAUUAAUUCAAUAUCUAUUGUUAAAGUGGGAGAUAGGAUACGGUCGAUGAGUAAAACUCUUAAAAGACAAGAAAAUUUUCUCUCAUGGGGAUGGCAAUUUUACCAGUUUGUUAUGAAUAAGUUUAUAGAAGCGGCAUCCGAUCCAUGGGAAAUUGCCAUGAAUACAUCUAAUACUUUGCUUUGUAUUCAAGUAGUUAUCGAUAACAAACCAAUAUUUAUUGGUACGUACCAUAUGCCUUGUAAGUUCAAGGAACCCGAUGUCAUGGCAAUUCAUGCUUUGGUUGUCAAAGAUUUGAUGUUUCAAUUAGCAGAUGGUCAAGAUGUAAUUCUAGCAGGUGACUUCAAUGCAACACCAUCGGAUAUUUGUUACAAGGUUUUCACAAAAGAAGAUUCUCUUAGUGGCAAUUUACCGAAAUCGAGUAAUUACGAAAUUUUCUUUCGACCUAAUGUUGAACACGUAUUUAAAAGUGCCUAUCGAGAGAAGAAUGCAUCGGAACCAGUUUAUACAAAUUUUGCUGAUACAUCAAGCUCAGGAAGCUUUUGUGCUACACUGGAUUAUUUAUUUUUUAAUGGUCACCUAACGGUAGAAAAAGUUUUGGAAUUACCAGAUCAUCCUUCUAGCGAAUCUUAUCCUGAUGAAACACAUCCUUCAGAUCAUCUUAUGAUUGCAGCAACAUUUCGCUCAUCAUAA